ACGCGCGGUCGACGGCAGUCGGUAGAUGCUGUGUUUCAGAUCCCUUGUCUUUUUGAGAUCUUGUUCUGAAAUUCCAGCAGCGCUGUACUCCUCGAGACGAUAGCCGAUUCUGGCCGGCGCUGUCGCUUCCCCGUGUUGACCCGACGGCGGUCUCCUUGAAUCCCCCUGCAACAAAGAGUCAAAGUGCGCCAGUGUCACGGGAAAUUUACCAUAAGUAUUAUUCAUGUAAGCCGACGGUGGACGACUGUGCAGGUUACUAAGGAAUGUCACCUGCUUGUUGGGCGCUGUUCAUCGUGCCUGCAUAUCUGACAGGACGAGCGACGUAGCCGCGGAGAAUCAUCAGCGUAUUACGGAGGAGCACGGCAUCAUUUCCAUUUACGUCUGGAGAAUCCGUAAAGAAACACUACAAUACAAUACAAUCGUUGCGGAGGAACGCUAGCAUAGGUUUGAGGGUGCAUCACUUGUGUUGAAAGCUGCUGUAGUGCAGUGGAGUGGACGGGUGCUGGAUAUGGCCUCUCUGGACGACAUACACUGCGAAGGUCAGAGAAUGGCCAGAAGCCGUGCCGACAGUCAGCAAACGCUGGUGGCUGCGCGGCCGGUGGACGAGGAGUUCAGCACGGCGCGCGCUCACCCCUGCCACGCGCACACGCUAGUCCGGGUCGACGCGCUCCAGUUCUACUCGCACAUCGAGCCACCCGGCGCCUGGUUCUGCAACCAGUGCCGGCGGCGCAGCUCGGACCUGAAGGAGCGCUACCCGUGGCACUGCGCCGCGGAGAAAACCUCACCGCCCACAAUGCUGCCCCCGUGUCAGUAUGAUCUGUGUAACGAGUGCAUGCACGGGUCCGUUCAUCCGCUGCACGAGCACCCGCUGCGUCUGACCGACGCCAACGUGACCUACGUGAACGAGAACGGGAUCUGGUCGUGUGAGUACUGCAACCUGGAUCGCAUGUCCACCAAGGAGCGCUACCCGUACCACUGCGUCGAGUGCCGCUUCGAUCUGUGCGUUCGCUGCUACGAGGGCAUACGCCACCCGCUGCACCCGCACCGCCUGCUGCCGGCAAAGGCCGACCUGGUGUACGCCGAGCACGGCGGCAUGUGGUUCUGCGACAUGUGCCACGCCAGCCGCAAGCAGCUGCGCGAGAGUCACAUGUGGCACUGCCUGCAGUGCAGCUUCGACCUGUGCGCCAGCUGCGCCAACGGCCUCCGGCACAAACAACACGGCCACAAGCUGUACCUGGCCGAUGCCAACGUCGCGUACGCCAACUUCUCCGGUCUGUGGUCAUGUGACCAUUGUGGCACGAGUCGCAAGGCUUGUGGGCAGCGGUUCAUGCGUCACUGUGCCGAGUGCAGCUUUGACCUGUGCAAUACGUGUUUCACGUCGGAUCUGGCCGUCGCGACGUCGGCUGCCACCUCUGCUAUAGGGUAUGCGCUGGGUGGACCCGGUACGGUGGCUGCGGGUGAUGGCGGCGGCGGUGUAGGGGGAAUAUCGCUGGCAGAGAGGAAGCAGACGCUGCUGCAGGAUGAUCAUCGCCGUGACAACCAGCCAGAGAGCACAGUGAUUCCUCGGAGCAAGUCUGGUACGUUGCGUGUUGGGUCGAUUGGUGAGCAGUUUGAAGAGAUUGACUUCGAGUCGGAUCCGAAGAAGGAGGCACAGCUGGAGUAUGUUGAUCUGUCGUCGGCGUGCGAGAACAAAAUGAGACGUCAGGAGAAGGAAACCGAGCCAGCAGAACCGACCACGCCAGUGCCAGCCGCCGGUCGAAGCUGCGGCGACGGUCAGCUGUGUCUGCUGUGCAUGGAGCUGCCUCGCAACGCAACGUUCGUUCACGGUGAGACGGGACACCUGGCAUGCUGUAUGCGAUGUGCUAAGCGUCUCCAGUCCGAUGGCUUGGCCUGUCCCGUAUGCAGACAGCCCAUCAGCGCCGUCAUCGAGCAGUUUAUUGCAUAGGUACCUGCUUGAUGCGACUGCGAGACGGAGGGUACUGCUACGUAGCAGUGUCCAUACAGUAAAGACGGAGGGUACUGCUACGUAGCAGUGUCCGUACAGUAAAGACUGUCCUAUUUUAAACAUUGGAUGCCCUUGGUGCAGCGGAAACCAUCCCGAUAUGAGAGGAUUCCGCUUGUACAGGGUCCGGUACACACAGCCUCCACUGUACAUGGGUGCAUGGGCACGUGUGUAGGUCCAUCGUGCUUGGUUACAAGCCUACAAUAGAGAUUGGGUGCAUUUUCUUUUUGCAUCAUGACGUUGCAAGUUCGUUUCGGAAUUUACUGCACACCCGAAUGCACUGCAGGCAUUUCAACCCAGGCGAAACGUCUGUGCUUUGUCACAACUACUUCCAUAGUUGACCGAACAUGCUGACCCAGUAGCAUUGUGUUAACUUAAUUUACUGUCCCAUUGGCAACAUGUCCUGUAGGGCCGGGUCUGAAGCCUGAUCUUGAUUGAUAGCGGUACGCAUUCAACCGUACGGCAGUAGCCAUUGACACUGCUCUAAUGUGUAACUUUUAGAUUGAUAAGCAAUUGAGCGAUUUUGAAUCUAUUUCCGAAAAAACGUGUGCGUAACACUAUCUUACGACAUUGUAUUUUAGCACACUGGUUACCAUGGUUACCUGGUUGCCAGUGUU